CGAUUUAAACCCCUUUCCAGAAUUCUUCAACCAAUUUCCAAAUCAAAUUAAAAAAAAAAAAAAAAGACUCCUUCAUUCAUCAGCCAUGCUCAGAUCCACCUUUGCUUCCUUAAUCGUCGACGUCAAUUUGCGGCGCACGUUACGUCUCUCUUACCCUGCGGCGCAUCUUAGCCGUUCCUCACGCUUCACAGCCACUUCCCCUUGCUCCUCCUCCCAUAAAGCUCCAACCUUUGUGAUACCCACCACCUUCUCUUCCUCUUAUUCCUCUUCGUCGGAGAAACACCCACCAUCAUCGCCGCCCCUUACCCGAUCAGCAGCCCUCGUGGGACAAGACGACGCACCCAUCAGCCACGACAACUCUUCUUCCAAAGUUCUUACAUUGCCCACCAUCUUAACCCUUGGUCGCGUCGCUGCCGUUCCCCUUCUCGUCUCCACCUUCUACGUUGAUGGAUGGUGGGGAACAACUGCGACCACAAGCAUCUUCGUUGCAGCUGCUGUUACAGACUGGCUUGACGGCUAUCUUGCACGCAAGAUGAAGUUAGGUUCUGCGUUUGGAGCGUUUUUAGAUCCGGUUGCAGAUAAGCUUAUGGUCGCAGCUACAUUGAUCUUACUCUGUACAAAGCCUAUCGACGUUGCUGUGUUAGGACCUGUUCCGUGGUUACUAACGGUACCGUCUAUUGCAAUCAUUGGUAGAGAGAUUACCAUGUCUGCGGUUAGAGAAUGGGCUGCAUCUCAAAAUGGAAAGCUAUUAGAGGCUGUCGCGGUAAACAACUUGGGCAAGUGGAAAACCGCCACGCAGAUGACAGCACUAACCAUACUUCUCGCGAGCCGGGACAGCAGUGUCGGAUGGCUCGCAGCGUCUGGCGCUGGAUUGCUUUAUGUGUCUGCAGGACUAUCGGUUUGGUCUUUAGCCGUUUAUAUGAGGAAGAUUUGGAAAGUACUGCUGAAGUAGGUGGUAGUUUUUUUAUCUAUAUCAGAUUUGUUUUGCUUUUAACAUCCAUUUUGGAUAUGGAGUGUGUCUCGGUCAUCGCCUGUACAGGGAGCACAAAACUAUGUAGAUGGUUUUGCUUUGUUCUGCUCUGCUCUGUUUCUUU